AUGGCCCGCCGCAUGUUCGAAGUUACCAUUUUGCAAAUGAAAGCUUUUAUGGAAGUACUCAAGCCCGGUCGAGAAAUCGGGGAUGUUUUUGAAGCUUACGCCCGAGUUGCAGACGAAAAUGGAUUCCGCGAUCAACGGUUUAACUCCUGUGGUUACAGUCUGGGUGCUACUUUUGCUCCUACUUGGAUUGAUUUCCCAAUUUCCAUCGGCCAAACUGUUGAGGUCAUCAAAGAUGGAUGUAUUUCGCUGUUCAAGUUGCCAUUCUGUUUUACCCGGAAACAAACCAUUGUGGCCCGGAGGAAUGUCUGCAAAGAAGAUAAUGGGUUUACAGCUGAAGAGGAGGAUGAGGGUGAAAAUAUUCAGGAUGUUGAGUUCUCUGAUGGUGAAGAUGAUGCGGAAGAUCAUAAUGUUGAGUAUGAUUUCAGCGAUUACAAAUCUGCAGCUACUUUCGGGGACCCUACUCAACGUUCUUAA